AUGGCCCUCUCAUUUCAAUUUAUCAUUUUGAUGCAUGUUUACACCAUUGUUCUUGCUGCUAACAGUGCCUUGGCAAUACGCAAUUACUCAUCCAUUCUAGUCUUUGGUGAUUCUACAGUGGACACUGGCAAUAACAACUAUAUUGUGACAGUGGCCAAGGGAAAUCGUUUGCCUUACGGUAGGGAUUUCCCUGGUCAUGUGCCCAAUGGUAGAUUCUGUAAUGGAAAAGUUGUUCCUGACUUUGUUGCCUCUAUUUUGGAAAUCAAAGACACUCUCCCUCCUUUCCUGGAUCCAACCCUAUCAGAUGAAGAACUUCUCACAGGUGUUAGCUUUGCUUCUGGGGGAUCAGGUUUUGAUGAUUUAACUGCAGCUGAAAUAGGUGUCAUACCAGUGUCACAGCAAGUUGAAUACUUCAAAACUUAUGUAGCAAAGCUCAAGCUCAUCGUAGGAGAAAAUGAAGCCAAACAAAUACUUGGAAAUUCUCUGGUUAUCAUUGCUGCAGGACCUAAUGAUGUUAUUAUCAAUUUCUACGACCUUCCUACUCGAAGGGUGGUGUUCAAUAUAGAUGAGUACCACGAUUAUUUGCAAGAUAAGCUUGAAACCAUCAUUAAGGACCUAUAUGACCAUGGAUGCCUAAAGAUAGUUGUUGCUGGGCUUCCUCCCGUUGGUUGCGUACCAUUUCAAAUAUCACUGAAGCAUAUAUUGUUCCGGGAAUGUGUAGAGAAUGAGAAUUCAGAUUCUCAGCGAUACAAUAAAAAAUUGAUACAGCGGUUACUUCAAAUACAAGCUAUGCUUCCAGGAAGCACAAUUGCUUAUGCAGACUUAUAUCACAUAUCGAUCGACCUUGUCAAUCAACCUGAAAAAUACGGUUUCGUGAUAACACAUGAAGGGUGUUGCGGGACCGGCACAUUUGAAGCAACUCCUUUGUGUAAUGAACUCACGCCAGUAUGUGAUGACGCUUCAAAAUAUGUAUUUUGGGACAGUUACCAUCCAAGUGAAGCAUCCAACCGAUAUAUUGCUAAGUACUUAGAAACCCAAGUCCUGCCUCAGCUCCAAUUGUAA